AUGCCGCCAGCAGCAGCAACUUCAAAAAAACGAAUUAGGGAUGAUGGCGAGUAUACCAACUCUUCAAUCAGUUUAAAUCCAAUCAAAAGGGUUCGCAAACAAUCAAAAAAUGCAACAGUUUCGGCUACGCCGACUGACCACUCUGAAGAUGAGGAUGAAAUCAUUACCAAAAUGGUCCCAAAGAUUGCAGCUUUGGAUCCGAAUUCAUUUGCAAGCUCAGAAACUAGAGAAGCACCUCAUGAUUCAAUUUCUCGUUUUUUUGGAAAAGAUGAUUUUUCAUAUAUCAAAUUAAAAAAAGAUCAUACAAACAGACCUUUAUGGAUAAAUCCUGUAAAUGGUCAUAUAAUUCUUGAAGGUUUCUCUCCUUUCACAGAAAAAGCUCAAGACUUCCUUAUAACUAUUAGUGAACCUGUUAGCAGACCAUCACAUAUUCAUGAAUAUAAAUUGACUCCUUACUCUUUAUAUGCAGCAGUAUCUGUUGGGUUAGAAACCAAUAACAUAAUAGAUGUUCUUAACCUUUUAUCAAAGCCUGUACAUUAUCAUAUGGAAAAGUAA